CAACAGCUGUUAUACGUUUUUAUUUUUGAUUUGAUAGCGUUACAUGGAUCCCGCAUCAUGGCAGCUCAGUUGAAUCCCUUCCGCAAUACCUUUCGUCUGCCAGCGAAACAGCGUAUUAACUGGUUCCCUGGUCACAUGACAAAGGGAAUGCGCCAAAUCCAGCAAAAACUGCGAAAUGUUGACUGCAUAGUGGAAAUACACGAUGCACGCAUACCAGUGGCAGGCAGGAACUCACAGUUCUUUGACACAAUCACCGGAAGUGGUGUUAAACCUCAUAUUUUGGUCCUGAACAAAGUCGAUCUCCUGGGCGCGAAGCAGCAGAAGAAUGUACUCCAGCAGUUAAGGAGACAGCAGCCCGAACUCAAGCAUAUUCUGUUUACCAAUUGCAAGGAUCAACGAAAUCAUGGCGUGCUGGACAUUCUGCCUUUGGCCACACGCCUCGUGGGCGAGAGUAGUCGCUUCAAUCGAACCCAAUCAACUGAGAACAAUCUGAUGAUCAUCGGUGUGCCCAAUGUGGGGAAGAGUUCAAUAAUCAAUGUCCUCAGGAAUGUGCAUCUCAAAAAGAAGAGCGCUGCACGUGUGGGAGCAGAGGCGGGAAUUACUCGUUCCGUAGGGGAACGCAUCAAAAUUCAAGAGAAUCCACCUGUCUAUAUGAUCGACACACCUGGAAUACUGCAACCCUCCAUAAAAGAUGAUGAGAUGGGCAUGAAACUGGCCCUAGUGGGGUGCCUACCAGAUCACAUUGUGGGCGAGGAUCUAAUUGCGGAUUACCUACUCUUCUGGUUAAACAGUCAUCGCAAAUACGACUACGUGGAAAAGUUAAAGCUAAGCUCUGGACCCAGUGAUAAUAUUAGCGCUGUGCUUGCAGAGUACGCCCAUCGAGAAGAGCUGUUCCACAAAGUCAAACAGUACGACGGUAGGGUAGAAGUGAUGACUAAUUUAUUGGCGGCCGCUAGGAAGUUUAUACACUUCUUUCGCUCUGGGCAGCUGGGUCACAUUAAUCUGGACGAGCCCAGCGGUUUUAGAUAGCUUUUCAUAAAGAUUAACUUAAGAGCUAAGAUUAAACAUUGAGCAGAUGAA